UUCAAAAUUGAAAUACACCAAUGUGAAUGAACGUAUCAACUGGCAGAAAAAAUUAUUUAUUAAAACGAAAUGAAAUACAUAUGUAUAGCAACAAGAGACAAAGCGUUAAAUUCCUAUAAAAAGCAUCUUUAGUUUGCGAACAAAGUUUAAUCAGUUAAAAAAGCUCAACAAGGUGACAACGUGCGACUGUUUUAGCUGUAUUUGAUUGCAGUAAACAGAAAUCAGAAAUACGAAAAUAGGAAAAAAAUAAAAAGAAACAAAAACGAAUAUUAAAUAUAGAAGUUAUUCGAGUGCAAACAUAGCUGAAGCUGGCUGGCUACAACGAACAGUCGGACCAUCGAUUUGGCGAUUGAAUGCGCGCGGCGAUGCGUUGCAAUGCGUGUUGAGUGUCAAUAAAGGAGUAACCAGCUGAUCGGGAGUAUCUAAGUGUGUGUGUGUGUGUGUGCGCGCGAGCGCGGUGUUUUGCAUUGUGAAAACAAAAGACUUAAGCGACAAACUUGCUGAGAGUUCUUCUUCAAAGCAAAUAGACUUUUAAGUGCACUUUGCAAAAAUCAAAAAAAAAACUAAGAAGUGUGAAGAAACUGUUGAAUUGUGCGAUAAUUGCAAAAAUGAUAAAUUGAAUUGCUACUUUUAUGACAAGUAAAUCACCGUUAGCUUCAUAUUAUAACACACAUACAACUUAGCAAACUUUUGACAUCUGUAGAACAACAGAAAAAUAGCAACAUAAAAUGUGGUAUCAUCAACUACCAAUGCGCUUCUGUGCCGCGCUCACAUUCCUACUCGCCGCGAAUGCCGCACAGUUGCCACACUACUCGCAAAAUGCACCCUUACGUUACUACCACUAUCCGACGCCGCGUCAUCAGCUCACCUUUCCCCAACAUUCGCAACAUCAACAGCGGCAUCAACAGCCAUAUCAACCAAACUACAUCAGCUAUGCGCAAACGCAUCAAAGUUAUGUACAGCAGCAGACGCGGCAACAGUACCAUCAACAACAACAACAACAACAAACAUAUCGCACACAAUCCUCACAGCCAGCAACUUCGUAUUAUCACAACUCACAGCAUUUGCCAGCCUCAGUAACGCAGAAAUUUGCUGCGCCAGCAUUGGAGAAUGUCGCAUUCACAUCGGCCUUGACCAAUCAAGGUUACACAUACGGCGGCGGCAGCAGCAGGGGCAGCAAUGUAGCAUCAUCCGUUUCCUCUGCACGCGCGCUACCCGCGCCCGCUGCAGUACCGCUGCCUUCGUCCCUAGUGGAAGCUGUGGCUGCUGGCAAUGAUAUAGCACCUGAAGGCGCCAUUGACACAUCGGAUGCUUCCGUCAAUUUGAAAUUGCCGCUGCCGGUUAAUAUAGCGCCGAUCAAGGUCGAACCGCUGCCGCUGCAAGAGGGCGCUUCCUUCAAUGAGCUAGCGAAUGGCGUGACCUCUUACGGUACGGUGUAUCCACAGCGCAAGCGGCGAUGAAAACGAACGACAGUGAACGAGUAAGGGGAAUGGGUAAUGUUGGAUGUGCUGUGCUGGUGGAGGGAACGCGUGCGCGGCGAAGAGAGGCUCUUUCAUUUUGUUUACUUUAGAUGUGGUUAAUGUCAUAUGAAAACAACAACUCGGCGGUUUGAUCAAUGCUUGAACGCAACGCCCCAACAGCCAACGGUCAUCACCACUCACCAGCCACCAAUUUUAGUUUAAGGUCUUCUCCUUAGAGCGCUAAUUUGCUAUUUCGAUAAUUAUUUAUAAGUAACUGAUGAUUAUAUGUUUCUAACGCGAUUUGUCGAUAAGUUCCAUCGAAAAGGUGAUGCGGCAGCAGAAGCCGAAAUGAAAUUCUUCUACACAUGCGCACAUUGCAUUGAGCAAGUCAGCGUUUUUUUAUUCAGUAAACUCGUAUGAUAUGAUAAUUAAAUUAAAUUUUUAUUUUUAGGCCAUUAAAUUUUUUAUUUUUUUUAUGAACUCUUUUGUUAAAACAAAAAAAAAUCAUUUGUUUUUCUGUCUGUUUUGUAUCACUCUCAUUUUGCGCGAAUGUAUUUAGCUUUACAUGUGGUUAAAAUUAAAAACAAAAUACAUGCUUGCCAUAUUAUUUACAUACCGACAAAUACAAAA